AUGAUUUGUCAGGUACAAAAGCCUGCGGGCGUCUCGCCUCUACAUGGCUGUCCCAAAGGAACCAUCUUCGUGUCCCAAGAUACCAAUGACAAAAAUGCGCAUUUUCAUAGUGUCCAAGAAGCUGUUCUUUCUCUUCCAGAAACUGGAUCAGCUACAAUUCUCAUCGCAGCAGGUGAAUAUCAGGAGGUAGUCAAUGUAACACGGACGGGACCCCUCACUCUUCUCGGCCAACUCCCACUCGAAGCCCUUCUCACAAUCGACCAGCCUUUCGCCGACACAUCAAAAUCACCUUUUAACCAAAACCUCGUCAAGAUCUGGAGCAACUCAUUUGUGCACACGGGCAUGGACGACGCGCAGUCCGCCGUCCUGCUCGUCGCACCGUCGUUCGACGCGUCGCUGAUUGGCGCCGGCCCGACUGGCGCCCCUCUCCAGCCGCUCUUUGGGAACGUGGAUUUUAAAGCGUACAAUAUCGAUUUUGAGAAUCGUGCAGCAAACUUCUCGAUAUCGCAAGCGCUGGUGACUGAUAUCUCGUAUGCGAAUGCCUCGUUUUACGGGUGCUCGUUUGCGAGUUUCCAGGACACAUGGUAUACGGGUCGGAAUGGAAGCACAUACGUUGUCGACAGCAUCAUCUACGGACAGACUGACUAUCUCUUUGGGUUCGGGACCGCUUGGUUCCAGAACGUCAUACUGGCCAACCGUGCAUGCGGAGGCGGACUUGUCGCCUGGAAAGGCACCAACCUGACAGACGCCCCAGGAAACCGCUACGGCGCAUACAUCGCAGAUUCAACAAUCGUCCGUUCUCCAGAUGCUAACGCAACAACAGUGACUGCCGAUAAAUGUUUUCUAGGGCGGCCAUGGAAUGACCUUGCUACCACUGUGUAUUUGAGGACCUUUAUGGACGACAGCAUUCGACCUGAAGGGUGGACGCCGUUCGACAGUGCAAGGCCUGUCAUAAUGAACACAACCUUCUACGCCGAAUUUGAUUCGACAGGGCCUGGCGGAAACACAUCGGCAAGGAUCCCACUCGAGCACAUCUUGACCGCCGAGCAGGCAAAGGACUUUACGAUCGACAAAGUCUUUCUCGAACAUCCUAAGUGGAUCGACUUCGAGUAUCUGUUCUAA